UUAAAGGGUUUUAGCCACAAAUUAGUCCCAUAACAACAGCAGCAUUCCUUCUCUGAAAUUCUGGACAGGUGUUCUUUGUAUCGGUGUUUGGUAACGCAAGCAAGUAUGUCGAGUCGAGAAGGCUCGCCGGAGCUUCAGUGCGUCGGUGAACUAGAAAUCGUGAAGGCAAAACCACCGGUUGGUUUUCUCUGCGGCUCUAUCCCUGUUUCUACUGAUAGAUCUUUCACCGCUUUCGAUUCUGCUCUCGUUCCUUCUGCCCCAGCGGAGGGAGCGCCACGGUAUCGGGUGAUUCCGACCGAGACUAAUCUCAAAACUUUGCCGUUUCGGCCAAAUAUUCCAGAAAAGGUUCUCCCGAUGGUUGCCGCUCAUUCUAGGACCGGUGGAGAUUUGCCUUAUGAAAGUGGCACCAUUGCAUCAAACCUUAGAAGGAAAGGAGAAGCCCUUGCUGUAUCUGGUUUAACAGAGUACGAAGAUGAAAUCGAUGUUAUUGCUCCAGCUGACAUUCUCAAGCAAAUAUUUAAAAUCCCUUAUUCCAGGGCUCGACUCUCGAUUGCAGUACAUCGUAUUGGACAGUCUCUUGUAUUAAAUACAGGGCCUGAUGUUGAAGAGGGAGAAAAACUGGUUAGAAGACAUAAGCAGUCACAAUGUGCAGAAAAGUCUUUAUUUUGGAAUUUUGCUAUGCAUUCAGUCCGGAUGGAAGCAUGUGAUUGUCCUGCAACUCAAAAUCCCGAGCCAGAGGAGCGGCUGAAUUCAUCAUUCCUGCCUGGAAAUAGAACUUCUGAGUAUCCUCAAGGGAAACAAGAUAGUUUUUUAUGGGGAGGGAAGAAGAAUCAAAGAAACAAAGAUAAUGAUGCUGUUAAAAAGGUAACACAAGUCAAAGAAAAGUCAAGAUCCUCAAUGCAAGAGUCAGAUAUGUAUAGAAGAGUGAAUCGUGAUGGAUUCUUGAGGGUUCUUUUUUGGAAAUUCAAUAAUUUGCGCAUGUUUUUGGGGAGUGACUUGCUUAUAUUCAGUAAUGAGAAAUACGUUGCAGUGAGUUUGCACUUGUGGGAUGUAUCUAGACAGGUUACUCCAUUGACAUGGCUUGAAGCUUGGCUUGAUAAUGUGAUGGCAAGUGUACCUGAGUUAGCCAUCUGUUACCAUCAAAAUGGUGUUGUUCAGGGAUACGAGCUGUUGAAAACGGAUGAUAUUUUUCUUUCCAAGGGUGUAUCUGAAGAUGGGACUCCUGCUUUUCAUCCUCAUAUUGUCAGACAAAAUGGACAUUCGGUUUUGCGGUUCCUUCAAGAAAAUUGCAAGCAAGAUCCUGGAGCUUAUUGGCUGUACAAAAAUGCUGGCGAGGAUAACAUUCAACUUUUUGAUCUUUCUGUUAUUCCCAAGAGUCAUGCCACCAACAACUGUGAUGAUGACCCUACCUUUAUACCUUCUUUAAUUAAUAGAGGGAGAAGUGAUUCUUUACUCUCACUAGGGGCGCUUCUCUAUCGUGUUGCUCACAGGCUUUCACUUUCUGUGUCUCCUCAUAACAGGGCAAGGUGUGCAAGGUUCUUGAAGAAAUGUCUUGAUUUCCUUGAUCAGCCAGAUCAACUGGUUGUACGCGCAUUUGCUCAUGAACAAUUUGCAAGACUACUUUUGGAUUACGAUGAAGAUCUGGAUUUGACAUCAGAAGUUAUUGUAGUUGAUGCCGAAGAAGAGUCUGAUGAAUGCUUCACUGGGAUAUCUGAAUUAAUAACCCAAGAAAGUUUCAAUCCCAACAAAGAGGAUGAAAACGUAACAAAUGCACCUGAAUCCACAAAACUUUUGGAGUCAAACGAGGCCGAAUCAGUAGACACCAUAAUCCAGCCAACUUCUAACUACGAAACUGUUGAGUUAUCUCCUACAUCUACCCCUGUAAUUCAACAUAAUGUUGAUCUAAUCUCUUCAAAGCUAGCAGCAAUACACCAUGUCUCUCAAGCUAUCAAGUCUCUAAGAUGGAAUCGCCAGCUACAAGGCUCAGGAACCCAUAACAGACCCGACCACAGUGCACCAUUACCAAUCGAUUUCUCUGUUUGUGCAUGUGGUGACACCGAUUGCAUUGAAGUUUGUGACAUUCGAAAAUGGCUUCCAACAUCAAAACUCGAUGAUAAAUUAUGGAAACUUGUUCUUUUACUUGGAGAAUCUUAUCUUGCUUUAGGAGAAGCCUACAUGGAAGACAGUCAACUCCAACAAGCCUUCAAAGUUGUCCGUUUAGCAUGCUUAAUUUACGGGUCGAUGCCUCAGCAUCUUGAAGACACAAGAUUCAUCUCCUCAAUGAGUUCAUUAGAGAUUGAUAUCCACAAUACGGGAAACAAAACCGAAUCGAUAGUCGCCCAUUAUCUUUUCUGGGCUAAAGCAUGGACACUUGUUGGAGAUCUGUAUGUUGAAUUACAUUUAAAGAAACCCAAUGAGAAACCACCUGCUCGAGAGUUAAAAGUGUCACCAGAAGUUCAAAAGGAGGUUGAAAGACUCAAGAAGAAACUCGGGAAGUUUAACCAGAGUUGCUCUUCUUGCUCAUUGGUUAACUGUAGUUGCCAAAGUGAUCGAGCCAGUAGCGGGAGUAGUGCGAGCAGUAGUACUGGAAACACUCGUUCAUUUAGAAAACCCUCUGAAAAAACCGGAUCCAAGAGCUUAUCUUAUUCAUCUGACGUGGCAAAACCUUCCAAAGAGACUGAAUCCGAUUCAAAAGAGACAAAAGAGAAUAAUGGUGGCAUUUUCAAAUACCUUAACUGUUCUAACCAUAAAGAUUUAGACCAUAAUCUAACUACUGCUCUUCAUUGUUAUAAAGAAUCCCGAAAAUGUUUAGAGGGGCAUUUUAGUAAUUCGACCGAGUUACAAUCUCUUCUCAAGAAGAAAGGAUGGGUAUGCAAUGAAUUAGGCCGAAUGAGACUUGAGCGAAAGGAAAUUACAAAAGCCGAACAAGCCUUUUCUGAAGCUAUCAGUGUAUUCAAACAAGUUUCUGAUCAUAAUAACAUUAUCUUAAUCAACUGUAAUUUAGGCCAUGGAAGAAGAGCAGCAGCUGAAGAGAUUGUAUCACAGAUGGAUCAUUUAAUUUUCAACAAUGCUCGCAACCAGAAUCUUGAAGCUGCAAAAUCACAGUAUUGUGAAUCACUUAAAUUUUAUCGAGCAGCAAAGAAAGAAGUCGAUAGUGUUGGUGAAGAAUCCAGUGUCCUUUCUAGCAAUCUUAGCAAUGAAGUUUACACACAGUUUGCUCAUACAUAUCUAAGGCUUGGAAUGCUUUUAGCGAGAGAAAAUACAACAGCUAAAGUUUAUAAAUCUAAAUUGGAAUUCGGGAAACAUGAGAUUUCAGCGAAUGAUGCGAUUACUGAGGCUUUGUCAAUGUAUGAGUUAUUAGGGGAUUUAAGGAAACAAGAGGCUGCGUAUGCAUAUUUUCAGCUUGCUUGUUACCAUAGGGAUUGUUGUUUGAGGUUAUUGGAGACUGAUUUGAAGAAAAGUAGUGUUUUGAAAGGUGAAAAUAGUGUGGUCCAAAGAGUGAAACAGUAUUCCUCAAUGGCUGAGAGGAAUUGGCUCAAGUCUGUGGAGUUUUAUGGGCCGAAAACGCAUUCUACAAUGUUUCUGACCAUUUUGAUUGAGAGGGCAGCUUUGUUAUGUAGCUUGGCUAAGUCAUCUAACGCCUAUCCGAUGUUGGAAUCAGCUCUGAAUACUCUUCUUGAAGGACGCCAGGUGCCUGUAGACAAAAUCACAUUACAAAAGGACGAUUCUAAUGUGUACAAAAGAUAUUGGAGUCAGCUACAGAUGACAUUAAAGAGCAUGCUAGCAGUAGCUCUUCCUACUAACACAAAGAAACCUAUUCCAACUUCCCAACAAAGCACCCUGCCAUCUGGAGAUCUCAAUAAACUCAAGGACCUUUACCGGUUAUCUUUAAAGGCCACCGAGUUCACUCAGCUGCAAGCCAUCCACAAGUUAUGGGCAUCUUAAGAUAAAACCAAUCUCAUCAGGUUAUCGAAUUCAUACGCUUCUUUAUGUUGCAUCCAUGUAUAUGUCAUAUUGCUUCUUCCUGGCUUACUUUCCCUUUGUUUGCCCCAUUUAUGGUAGGUAUCAUUUUGCUCAUGUCAUUAUGUCAACCUCCUCCCUUAUAAUGGGAUCCCCAAGGUCUGUGUUGCUUUAGACGAGUUUUCAUUGAAUGGACUUUUUAAAUUGAGAAUUCAUUUGAAGACAUAGUGACCAUUUAACUACUCCCUACAUCAUUUUGGAGUACAUUUACAUUUCACUUGUGUAGUUGUUGGAUGGUGCCUUUACAUUUCAAGGAUUAAAACUCAAAUUUUAGAUGUGAUUGUCUAUGGGUGCUCGCCACUACAUCACAAGUUCUAGUCAAUCUCACAUUGGAUUGGAGAUAACACAUAGCUGAUGAUGUAUGAUCAAUGUGUUUUACCCAUAGUAUCAUGACCCCGUAAGGAUUUUGGUGGCUUGCUCAUGACUUUACAAGUCUACGCCUAAUGCGCAUAACUUACCACACGGGAUAAAACAGAUCUUGUUUGGUUCCAUUGUUUAGUGAGAGAGUGUGAGAUUAAUACAUUAAACUCUAGAUGCAGCACCUUAUUUUUCUCUUAUUUAGUCCAUCAAUUUAACCCAAAUAUUUAUCGUUUCUCCAAUUACCUUGUAUUGUAAACAUUAUCAUCACUAGUGGAUAUUUGAGUGGUCUGCUCCACC